AAGUACCAAGACAAUAUUAAAUAACGAUGCGGCGCUGGAUUGCUCGCAGAACAAAGAAAUCGGCCAAGAUGCUUGGAUCAUUGGGAAUUUUUCUCUGCGUUGUUUUUAGCGCGUCGGGUCUCGCCGACAAGGCCGCCACUAACUGCAACCUAACCGUAACCUUUCAAGGACUGGAAAUACCUGACGGGGGCUACGUACGAGCCACUAGCGGUCGGCUCAAUCAGGUAUAUUGUAACGCCUAUUGUACUGGAUCUGGGGCAUCGCAUGCAUUUCAGUUCUUCAGAAAUGACUACCGACGACCGAUUUCGACGCUUGCUUCCCAGAGGAUAUACAGCGUCAAAACAACGUUCGGCAGGGACAUCAUCCUUAACGUGCAAGACAUGGUUGAGUCCGACGCGGGUGUCUACUACUGUAAGGGGUGGAUAAACGGGCAAGGCUGGCAGCAACGUUACUUUAAUCUAGUCUUUGCAUGCCCCAAUAACCACAUGUUAUGCGACAAUACCAGAUGUAUCAUGGACAAGGAUGUUUGCAAUGGCGUUGAUGACUGCGACGACAAGAAGGACGAAAGUGAAUGUGAUCCUAAAGACUGUGGUGAAGACAUGUUCGAAUGCGACGACGGACAGUGCCACAGUAAGACAAUGUUGUGCGACUUCUAUCCCGACUGUCUUGAUGGUUAUGACGAGGCGGCCGAUACAUGUGUCCAACAUCAGUGUCCAAUAUUGUAUCCUCCCACCAACGGGCGCGUGUAUGUCUCAGGAUACCAGAAGGGCGACAAGGCCAGGUACUCGUGUGAUAUCGGCUACGCACUGGAGGGCCAGGAGGAAAUCGUAUGCCUAGAAUACCAGGCGUGGAGUGGGCUAGCACCCAUGUGUAGAAGUUACAAGAACGCAGUUGAUAUUGCGAUUUCAAUGAAGGAAAAGUUUAUCGACCGCUUUGCCGGGACGUCAGACCCGGGCGCCCAAGCUCGACUAAGUGUGGGCAAGAGAGGACUGGACGUCAUAGUCAUAUUAGACACGUCAGCGAGCAUUGGUCAUGUGUCUCUGGAACUGGCAAAAAACUUCACGAAAAUAAUUGUCAAGAUAUUUGGAGUUUCAGCUAGUGCUGACGGAGGAGGCAAUGGGACCAGGUUUGCCUUUAUAACGUUCGACCAUACUGCUUCCCUCGUUUUCAACUUGAAUGAUCCAACUCUGAGAAGUGUUGAUGCGGUAAUACAAAAGAUCAACCAAAUAAAGAAUACCGGCGGUGGGACAUCUCUCAUUGCAGCCAUAGACAUGGCAGUCAGGGAUGUAUAUUUGGAAUUAAUAAGAAAAGAUGUCCAUAGGGGAGGCGCGGACACAAAUCGAGCCGUAUUUAUUUUGACUGAUGCAGAAGAGACUGUACAGCGAGAUACAAACAGGUUAAAGAGACGAAUACGACACCUUAAAGAGGUGGGAUUUAAAGUAUUUGCACUUGCUGUUGGGCGAAACUUCGACCGCCAGAUCCUGCGCGCCAUUGCAAGCGAGCCUCAUCAUGAGCACGUGUUCUUUUUGGACGACUUCAAAGACUUGCAGAAGAUUAGUGACACCAUCGCUGGCAGAAAUAUUGAUUUCGGAGAGUGCGGUAAGCCCGGAAAAGCAAACGUACAACAGGAUACUGGGGAAGCCGUCAAAGGAGCGUGGCCUUGGAUAGGUUGGAUAGGCGCGCGGGUGAAGUUGUGCGGAGGAGCGUUGCUAUGUGACCAGUUCUUCAUUACUGCGGCCAGAUGCGUGUCAGAGGUCAACGAAAGAACAACAGAGUUGGUUUCUUACCCAGCUCAUGAGAUCAGCGUAAGUCUUGGAAUUAUCAAACUGUUUGACCAAGACAACGAAGAGCAAAGAACGUAUCCUGUCAAGGUCAUUCGACACCCGACCUAUACCGGUAUUCCGGACAAGUAUGGAAUACGAAACAACGACGUCGCAAUCUUGGACCUGGGUGAAAUCAACAAGACCAGGGCAUCUCUGAACUCGUUUAUCAAACCGAUUUGCUUUCCUUACCGUAAGCUGCUAAACUUCUCCGCCAGUCUCCUUAAGGAUUUAAAGGGCCUUGAGCAUAAUAAUGCAAAGGGAUUCACCGCAGGCUGGGGGCUAAUGCCAGAGAAGCACAGACAGACACCAUGGAAUGCUCUCAAUCAAAACAGACGCAGCAUCCAAUCAGAUCGCGAAUGCGAAUUAAUGUAUCCCGGUUUAGACACGGACAGGGUAUUCUGCGUUGGAAACAUACAAACAGAAACAGAAACAUGCCGAGGGGAUGUGGGUGGAGUCUACAUGGCUGAACUUCCAUACAUGGGGCGAUACACUGCACUGGGUAUCAGCCUCAGAUCAUAUGAUUGCUCGAAGGAACGACACUUCAGCGUGUUCCUGAAUCUUCACCACCCUGACAUUACUGGAUGGAUGGAGUCUGUGCUUGGCCGUUGUAAUAGAUUGGGGUCUGUGGAAGAAGAGGAGAAAGAGGCUGAGAGGGAAAGGAAAGAAUUAGAAAGACAGGUUGCGGAGAAAGCAGCAAAAGACAAAGAAGCCUCGGAAACCAAGAAACUCAAGAAACAAAAAGCAACGUAGGCUUAGGGAAUAAUGAGACGUUCGUAACACAAAGAUGUAUUCUCUUAAUCUUACGAAAUUGUACAAAGUAAAACCAAAAACUUUAAAGCCAAACCCUCUUUGUGUAGGCGUAAUCAACGUUCAUAAGAAGCCGCUUUAGCAUGCCUGCAAUUCAGUUUUUUGGCAUAGCUUUAUAUUAAACGCAUUUAAAAACGACGUCUGGUGUUGUGUUAAUUCAAUUUGGUGGAUAUAAUUAUUUGUGCAUAUUAACUGCGAAAUAAUAUAAGUCCAGUAUGUUUGAGACUUACAAAUGUUGUCAUGUAUUGUUCCUUACCUGUGUUCCUUCAAAAAUGUUCAAAAUUUAAUUUCAUACAAUGGUAUUAAUAGAGAUAAUGUAAAAUAUUGGCCAUCUGGUAUUUUAUAGUAUCUAAAGAGUUAAAAUCUACAGAAAAAUAAUAAUAUAUUAUUUUACAGGAAUUCAAGAGUGUAUAUGGUAUAUAGUAAGUGAUUGCGUGACUGAAUGAGAUCUUUCAUUGUCCACCACAUGUAAAGUUAAUCGGUAAUAAGAAUUAAAUAUAGAUGAAUUUUGAAACAAAAACAAUAUCGAAGUUACUAGGUUCGUUAUAUGUAUUACACUAUAAUAUAUGAAAAAAAGUUUCUUUAUAUACGAUAUAUAAAAUCCAUAACUUAA